GAGUAAAUUUUUAAAAAAACAUAAGUAAAUAUUUUUAUGGCUUAAUAUGGAAUUUUUUGAAAUUGACCGGUUAUAUUUUAUUAUCGCUUUAUUAGGAUAAUUUUUAUAAAUUUACAGUUUACAAAUGUUAAUAUCUGCAUAUAUGUGAUCUAUUUUAGCGUACAUAAAUACUUAUUACUAAAUGUAUAUUUACACAAACUUACUGGUAUCGCAUAUAGUACGUAACAUUUAUUUUUAGUUAGCAGUACGCUUUUACACUGUCGUCUGAUCAAUAUUUAUAUUGAUAAAGAACAAUUUCAAGGUUGAAACGUGAUUCAUAUCCACAACUUGCCUGAUAAUUUGCACCAUGUUCCAAUCAUCAAUUGUAAUACACAGUUGUUUACUAGUUGUUGCCACUUGCUUUAUAAAUGACAUGUUUUUAAAUUCUAAUUAACCAACUAAUUAGAGCAUGAUGAUUUUGCUAACAACAGUAUUACUAAUUACCCUCUCUUCAGUCGCUGUCCACACUAAGUAUGCUGAUGAGGAUCGGUUACGACGACUUACUGCAGCUUAACUUUCCUAACCAAAACACAAGAAACAGAACUCGCCUGAUUAACUACAUUUAUUUUAUAACUCAAAACUCGCUUGAUAGUAUACAUCAAUUAACAAGACUAAAACGUAGCAUAAAUAAUAAUAAAUCACAAUUUCAAACUGAAUUGGUCAUUUGCAGUACAAAUUGAGUUACAGAUCCAUAAUUAAGUGACUGUGAUCUAUGAAUAAUAAAAUAUAUAUCAAGUCAAAGCUAACAAAUAAAAUCAUUUAGAAAUACCACAUGCAAAAUGUUCGAUGAACCCAUGAUAAAGAACAAUGAUACAACAAUAGACUCGAAAUUACAAACUUUUCACUUAUAGGUCUUUAUUUAACAAUACACCUACUAAUUAAUGAUAUUAUCGGUUUGUUUUCCGUAUUUUUGUAUAUUGCUGUGUAGUGAAAUUUCAUUUUAAAUUUCCAAUGCACAUUGUAAUCUCUAGUCGACGAUUAUUUUAAUUUGGAGUAAAGCGCUGCAAUGUUUGAAAUGUGUGAAGCAAUUAGUGGGAUUAGAUUAAAAUAAAAUCUACUUGUCUUUUACUCCGGAUAGAAUUCAUUCUCCGAAAUAUCUUGCAGUAUAUUUUAUCAAAUACAUGUUCGUGUAACUUACAUUCGCCAAAGAAACUGGAAUAUAUAUAUAUAUAUAGUGAUAUAUCAAGUCUGGUAUUUAGUCUUUUUUUUCUCGUGAUUCUUUUUUAUAGCACCUAUGUCUGACCUACAAGCAGAAGUUUCGAAAAAUUUAAUUGACUCUCCGUCACCUCUUAGCCUAAAGAUUAAUCAUUGGUUUGCAGUUUCAGCAUGGAAAUGGUGUACUAACGAUGAUGACUGUGGUAUUUGUCGGAACGCUUUUGAAACAUGUUGUGCAGAUUGUAAACUCCCAGGUGACGACUGUCCUCUUGUUUGGGGUCAAUGUAAUCAUUGUUUUCAUAUGCAUUGCAUUAUAAAAUGGUUAAAUAGUCAGCAAAUGGCUCAACAUUGUCCUUUAUGUAGACAAGAUUGGCGGUUCCGAGAAUAA